AUGAAGGGGUGGGGGUACAGCCCGCGAGGCGCCGGCUACCUCUUCGGCUCGGAUAUUGUGAAGACGUUCUGCCACACGAACAAUGUGGAGAUCAUCGCGAGGGCGCAUCAGCUGGUGAUGGAU